UUGCAGUUGGCCAUUUAGUACACUCUUUUUUGCGUUCCUAUGCCAGUUUUCCUCCUCCCCCUGCCUGAACAGCGGAGUGUGUUGCGACCACGGACUUCAGAGAGUGCUCCCUGUUUUUUCCCUUAUUCGUCUUCUUCUUCCUUGGGGAGGGGAGGAUCCCUAAGCUGUUAUUUUAAUCACCCUUGACCGUGGAUUCACGGGAGGAGAGUAGAAAUAGCGGUGGCAGGAGGGGAUAAAGAGAGAUGCUGUGCCUGAAAGCAGAAGCUUUGGGGCACGAGAUGCAUUCCUCCUGUGGCGUCAUCAUUCCGGCGAAUCUGUAAGCCUUGUUUGAUCGAUAUCCUCCCCCUUUGGGCUUGGCUUGGUUCUUUGCCCUUGUCUGGUUCUGGAGGGAAGAUCGCUACAGAAACUGAUGCACAAGGUGGGGAAGCAUCGCGGGGAAGAACAGCCGCGUCGGCGCCCACGCUCAGAUCCGUCUUCUUCUUCCUCCGGCGAUGGCACGGCGAGCUGUUGUGGUCUAGAUGAUGGCAAGAGUAACGACGGCGCAAGGGAAGGAAGGCGUUACAAAGCGUGCUGCUACAGAUCUCAGCUCGAAGAGGAACAGGUUGUGAUCCUGCAGCAGCAGCUCAAGGAGGAGAUUGAUCUACAUGUAGCUUUGGCAAAUGCAAUAACCAAUAAUGCACAUAAUCGUGGGCAAUUGUUAGACUCCCCUUCAAAGCUUCCUGAUAAAGCUCAGAACCUUCUCGAAACUGUAGCAGCAUUGGAGAUAAAAGUUUUGAAACUUGAAAAGGAGCUGGCUUCUUUGCAAAUUCAGCUUUGUCAAGAAAGGAACGAGCGCCAUCUUGCUGAACACCAUUUUGGGAGUUUGCCAAUAUCACCAAAGCAACUAUCCAAAUCUCUCGGCAGCAUGUGGGAAGAGCACAUAUCUUGUUUGCGAGCUUCCAAGUUUGGGUUAAAUGAAAUUUCCAGUUCCAUUCAACAAGAUUGGUCAUCAAAUGGAGAUACAGAGUUAGCUCUGACAAACAAAUCAUUGGAUGAAUUCCCUGAAGAAGAGGUAUUAGGAUCAUCUUAUGGGGUUGAAGAAGGGAACAAAUUGGUUACUUGUCUUCAGCAGCCUGAUGCUGUGAAAUUGAAAGACUCUGGGAGAACAAACCUAUCGAACAAUUCAAACAAGCUCUCGGAAGAAAUGGUGAAAUGCAUGAGAAAUAUCUUUCUUUGUCUUUCUGAACCAUCAGACAUCACUUCAAAGGCAUCUUUGUCAGAAUGCUUGCCUUCCCAACCUUCACCAGUUGGUCAGCUGGCUUCUUCUUCUGAUUCAUCCUUCACCAUAUCGUCUUCUCAGAAAUUUUCAACUGAGACACGUCUGACUAAUGAGAUAGUGGACCUAGUGGACAGAUUUGAUCCUUAUGGAGUUAACAGCGGAGUAAACGGGAGGAAUAUUGGAUGUUAUAGCUUCGCAAUGGAGGUGUCUUGGAUGUCAGUAGGAAAGAUACAACUAGAAUAUGCUGCUGAGGCUUUGAAAGGUUAUAGAUCUCUUGUGGAGCAAUUGGCAAUGGUAGAUCCAGCCAAUAUGAACAGCAAUGAGAAGCUUGCCUUUUGGAUUAAUGUGUAUAAUGCCUUGAUAAUGCAUGAAGUAGAAGUAAGAUGCCUCGAUCUUGGUUUGUUUCAUGCCUAUUUAGCAUAUGGAGUUCCUAAAAGUGACAUCAAACUGUUUUCUCUAAUGCAGAAGGCAUCUUAUGUAAUCGGCGGUCAGUCCAUUAGUGCAGCUGAGAUUGAAUUUGUCAUCCUGAAGAUGAAAUCUCCAGGGCAUCGACCACAGCUUAGUUUGGUGUUGGCUCUUCACGAGUUUCGGAUUUCCGAGGAGCAAAGUAGUUAUUGCAUCGAUAGUCAUGAACCUAUGCUAUUAUUUGCCCUUAGUUGUGGAAUGUACUCAUCGCCCGGGAUAAGAGUCUUCAAAGCAGAUAACAUUCAACAUGAGCUUGACAACUCAAUGCUGGACUAUAUUCGAGCAUCGAUAGGUAUCAGUGAGAAGGGGAAACUGUUAGUACCAAAAUUGCUGCACUCUUAUACAAAUGGCAUCGUCGAAGACUCUUUGUUGGUCGAUUGGAUUUGUCAUCAUCUAUCCCCCAACCAAGUAGCCAUUGUUCGAGAGUCCACAUUGCAGUGGAAGCAAAGGUUGCUUGGUGCCCAGAGUUUCAGUAUCACGCCGUACGAUUCAAGAUUUCGGUACUUAUUCUUGUCUGAUAACUGUACUUGCGAGAAGUCUCCAAGAUCAGUAUGAGUUUCAGCCGGUAAAUAUGCAUAUGGAUUACAGAGUGGAAGAUCCUUCGAUCGUUUUCCUAGUAAUUAGGAAUUGCUGACAAAAGCUCGAACAAAAGCCAGUUUUAAGGCUUUUGUUCCUAUGAAACACAACAAAGAAGAGAAGGAUUCACAACAGCAAUAACACAAAGUUCAUUCCAGACAAAGAGCACACAAUAUAAUAUAUACAAGAGAAAGUAAUGCAGUAAGUUCAUGGUUCUGCAAGUUUGCAAUGUACCGAAGCUAGGCAAAUGGAGGAGGCAUCCCUUGAGCAUGAGACGGCCCUUCCGCGUACAAGGAGUUUGCUGAAUAAUAGUUGUGAGGGGAUCUCUCCAUCAUCCUGCUCAACUUUUCUGAGUUAUUCUCUUUAACCAUCCACUUACUUUAGAUUGUGUUUCUAAAUGGUGCAGUUUGUAUAUAUAUGAACACGCGAUCUCACCUUU